AUGCCGGGCUCGUCCAGGCUUCCCGUUAGCCUGCGCGAAACCUUCCAGGCUCAGCGGCGCGCUACUCCGCGCACCCAGCUGCUGGCCUUGAAUCUGGACAUUAUCCGCAACAUCGUCUUCCUUCUCUUCCUCCUCCGCUGGACCCGCAAGGCCAUCUACCAGCUCAAGGGCCGCGGCAUCAUCGGUUCCGCCGUCGACUUCUACAUCGCCACGCGCCGCAUCUUGUACGGAUACUUCCUGCGCCUGCCCGGCGUGCGCACAAAGGUUCAAAGCCAGGUCUCCGAGGCCAUCACGAAACUCGAGCAGAAGCUGGUGCCCACCGGCCCCGGAGUCGACCGCCAUGUGCGCUUGCCGCAGGAGGGCUGGGGCGAGGACCGCGUGCGCGAGGAGCUCACCAAGCUGAGCGAAAUGGCGCAUACCCGCUGGGAGGACGGCCGUGUUUCCGGUGCCGUGUACCAUGGUGGCGACGAGCUGGUCAAGCUGCAGACCGAGGCUUUUGGAAAGUUCACUGUGUCGAACCCGAUCCAUCCGGAUGUGUUCCCGGCUGUGAGGAAGAUGGAGGCUGAGGUUGUAGCAAUGGUCCUCUCGCUGUUCAAUGCCCCUGAGGGAGCCGCCGGUUGUUCGACUAGCGGAGGCACCGAGUCCAUUCUGAUGGCAUGCUUGAGCGCGCGGAACAAGGCCUACGCAGAGCGUGGAAUCACGGAGCCGGAGAUGAUCCUCCCCGAAACUGCCCACACUGCUUUCCGCAAGGCUGGCGAAUACUUCAAGAUCAAGAUCCACCUUGUUGCUUGCAAGGCACCCACUUACAAGGUCGACCUCCGUGCCGUCUCGCGUCUUGUCAACCCCAACACCGUCCUCCUUGUCGGUUCUGCGCCCAACUUCCCUCACGGUAUCAUUGAUGACAUCAGCGGGCUUUCGCGCAUUGCCCAGCGCAAGAAGAUUCCGCUGCACGUCGACUGCUGUCUUGGCUCAUUCCUGGUCCCCUUCCUUGAGAAGGCUGGCUUUGAGACCGAGACCUUCGAUUUCCGUCUCAAGGGUGUGACUAGCAUUUCUUGCGACACGCACAAGUAUGGAUUCGCCCCCAAGGGCAACAGCACCGUCCUCUACCGCACCGAUUCCCUUCGCAGCUACCAGUACUUCAUCUCUCCGGACUGGUCUGGCGGCGUCUAUGCCUCUCCUAGCAUCGCCGGUUCCCGCCCGGGCGCCCUUAUUGCCGGCUGCUGGGCUAGCUUGAUGGCGCAGGGCGAGUCUGGAUACAUCAGCGCCUGCCACAAGAUCGUCGGUGCCACCAAGCGCAUUGAGGGCGAGCUGCGUGGCAACCCGGCGCUGGCGGCAGACCUCAAGGUCAUCGGCAAGCCGCUCGUCUCAGUCGUCGCCUUCACGAGCAACUCGCUCGACAUUUACGACAUCGCCGAUGGUAUGUCGGCAAGAGGCUGGCACCUCAACGCUUUACAGAACCCGCCUGCCAUCCACGUCGCCGUCACGCUGCCCAUUGUCGCCGCCGCCGACCAGCUGAUCUCUGACCUGAUCGACAUUGUCGAGGGUGUGCGCGAGGCGGAGCGGAAGAGACUUGCCGAGGGCAAGGGUGCAAAGGGCGCUGUCAAGGGUGAUGCUGCUGCGCUGUACGGUGUUGCGGGUAGCUUGCCGAAUAAGAGCGUUGUGGUUGACUUGGCCAAGGGCUUUUUGGAUACUCUUUACAAGGCAUAA